CUCUGACAGGCUAUUUAUCCAUGCAUUCAUACAGUUAGGUAUAUCUCUUCCAUUCUUUUGCUGUAUAGACAACUACUACUACAGUUAGCUAUGCAACCUUUUAUCUGAUCUCAAAGAGACCAUUCACCAACCUUCACGCUCCUAUCAAGCUGAAAUUAUUCACUGUAUUCUCCCCUCACUGAUCACCGCCUUGAUACCGUCAUUGAAGUUUGCAACUGUUUGCAUCGGAUUGUCCUCUUCACUCACCAUUCAACCUUGCAGCAGUCGAACUCUUACUGCAUAGCACUCCCCGUCACAGCGGUUCGAUACCCCACUUCUCUUGUCUACAUUGCCUUCGGCCUUCAUCAAAUUCAACGUCCUCUGCCCGUCAUGGACGGCGAUGUGGUCGCCCAGUUCACCGAAAUCACCGGCUCCAAGCCCGAGCUCGCGAUUCAAUACUUGCAGCUUGCCGAUUUCAACAUCGAGCAGGCUAUGCAGCUUUACUUCGAAAAUGGUGGAGCACCACUAACUGAUGAACCUGCAUCAUCGACAUCUGCGCCUCAGCAAGCCUCCCGUGCGAGAGGGUAUGAAGAUGAUUCCGGAGUUGUACAUAUCGGUUCAGAUGACGAAACCACGGUAGACGAAUCAACGCCAUCCGCCCGCAACCUUCCAUCACACAAUGCUCACUUUGAAGAUGAUGCGGCUAUGGCUCGUCGACUCCAGGAGGAGAUGUAUAGAGGGGCGGGUGCUGAAGAAGAAGAAGUGCGCGCACCGAUGGCUCGCACCACAGAGACUUUGGUAGGCCCAGAAGCGGACUUUGACGACGGUGAUAUGCAUGCUAGCAUUUUGAGUCAGCUACGGGCUCGGCAGCAACGACACAACCGUCCUGGUAUCUUCAACCAGAGAGAUACAGCGUCGAUAUGGCAUGGAGAGGAUGCGUCACAACGUGAGCAACUAGCAGCGGCGACUGGAGGAGCCUCCGAAGCCUCAAGUAAACAGAAUAUGCUGGCCGAGAUGUAUCGCCCCCCAUUCGAGAUAAUGUCGCGGCUUCCUUGGGAUUCCGCUCGACAGGAAGGCCGCGAAAACGAGAAAUGGCUGCUGGUUAACAUUCAGGAUUCUUCUAUUUUUGACUGUCAAGUACUGAAUCGGGACUUGUGGAAAGAUCCCGGAGUGCGGGAUACGGUCAAGGAACAUUUCGUUUUUCUUCAGUAUUCUAAAGACGAUCCGCGCGCCGCACCUUAUCUGCAAUAUUAUUUUCAGGCAAGCGAUGUAUCGGAUAACUUCCCUCACAUCGCGAUAGUCGAUCCUCGGACAGGUGAACAGAUGAAGGUUUGGUCUGGUCCUCCUGUUGUUCGGCCCGCCGAGUUCUUGAUGCAACUCCACGAAUUCUUAGACCGCUAUAGUCUGAAACAUAACGUUCGCAACCCCGUCGCGAAGCGCAAGCCGGAACAGAAAGAGAAGAGUAUUGAUGCCAUGACUGAGGAGGAGAUGAUGGAAAUGGCUAUGAGGAAUAGUCUCGGUGAACAGGCAACCCAAGCCCCGAAGUUGGAGGACCCCGAUGAGCUUACUCGCAGUACUGGAGACGUCAAAGGCAAAGGACGGGCGGUCGAUUUGGAAGAUGUCAACAUGAGUGAAGACGAAUCCGGUCAGCAGAGUGCAUUUGCUGCCAUUUCAGACACCCAACCCCACACGGAGCCUCCAGCCGAUCCUGCAACAACCACGCGCAUUCAGUUUCGUCACCCUUCUGGAAGGGUCAUUCGCCGCUUUGCUUUGGCAGAUCCGGUCCGGAGGAUCUACGAGUGGCUGAAAGCCGAUCCUCCAUUGGCGGACAAACAUGGUAUCGAAUUUGACCUCAACUCUAUGGGUCGUAAUCUGAUCGACUCCUUGGAGACGAGUAUCGAGGAGGCUGGUUUGAAGAACGGAACCGUAAUGAUUGGCUAUGUGGAGAAUGAAUGAGUGCGCAGUUGGUGAGAAUUCCAGUUGCCUGAGGAGCGAGAGAGCUAUUUCGGCCGGCUCCUAGGCUUAGAAAUUCAAGAAUGAUUGUCGCUUUGGAAGGACAGCCCCAUCUGCAAUCCUUUGAGCUUGCAUGGUGCGAUUUACUAAGCAGGGAGGGUCUCUAUCUAAGACGCAUAUUUUCAGAAAUACUAUAACGAGGAGCAAAUCACGA